CCAUCACAAAACUCGAAGCAAGUACUGUCAUACUUUCGAUCUGUUCAAAACUCCAGCGUUUCAGCAGCACAGUUUGUUAUCAUUCACUCUUUUUAGAAGGCAGAAAUGGAGUCCCAAGGUCAGAGGCAGAGCUACAGAGGCCAAGCUCAGGCCGCUCAGGAACACAAUAGGCAGGACAGGGAGAAGGACCUGAGCCAAGAGGCGAAGCGGAAGGCGGAAGAGGCGAAGAACAAGACCAGCGAGACUGCGCAACAAGCCAAGGAGAAAACACAGUCUACAAUGAGUCAGGUGAAGGACAAGGCGGCGCAGGCGGCAGAGGAGGCAAGACGGAAGGCCCAAGAGGCGGCGGAGAAGGGUAAAGAGACUACCCAGGCCGGGAAGGAGAAGACGAGCGGGAUUCUCCAGCAGACCGGAGAAACAAUGAGGAACGUGGCACAAGGUGCGGCUGAUGCUGUGAAGAGCACUAUUGGGAUGGGCAAGAAAGAUGACCAAGAUGAUCCUUUGUAUAAGGGAACUGCUCCUGCUACUACUAGGAGUACUAAUACUGGGACUACAGGGGCUCCUGGGACUGGGAACUACCAAGGGAACAGGAACAACUAGUUAAUUAGGUUAAGCACUCGAAUCGUUGUACGUUGUUUAUUACUGUCGUUUGUUGUUCUAUUUGGGCAUGUUUUAGAAGUCCUAUCCUUCCAUCUCGUCGCUUAUAAGAUAGAGAUAUUGGGGAUAAGUUGUAUUUGGUAAGUUGUACGUAGUAUCGUUUAUGAGUUGCAACAAGACAGCUGCCAUUUUAGGUGGUCGAUCUUUGUUGUACGUAGCUUAGUGUUGUUGAUGGGCAUGUCUUAGAAACCCUAAGCUCCCAUCUCUGUGUUGUACUGUUGUAUAUGGUUCAGUCAAAUAUAUAAAUAAGGGAAAAUAUCAUUUACUACUA